GGGUGUAGCGUAAGUAUGAAGUCUCUGCGGUGUCACAGCUGUCAGAAUGGCAGCGCCAGCCCUUUUCUCACUCUGACACAGUUUGUUUCCUGUGCACUUGCUCAGUCGCUCUGCACCAUUAAAAACAUGGCCAUACGCAGAAAAGACAGCUUCCUCUGGGGAAAAGCUCCACCACCGAUUCUGUCCCCGGCUGAGAGGAGGCCGGAUGAAACCUUGAAGCUGCUGGAUGACAUUCAGGUGAAGCUGAGGCUGGAGAUCGAUCACGUCACACCUGAAAUCCACAGCUCUGAGCAGACUAAAAAUGUUGUGAGGAACAGAAGAUUCUUACGAGGAAAAAAGAAAUUCAACAUGGACCCCAAAACUGGUUUCAAAUACCUGGUUGAAAAUGACCUGCUGGAGUGGCGAGCAGUGUCUGUGGCCGAGUUUCUUUACAAAGAGGAGGGACUGAACAAGACGGCUAUUGGAAACGUUCUGGGGGAGAGGGAGGAGAUGCAUCUGGAGAUACUGAAAGCCUUCGUGGAGUUGCAUGAAUUCUCAGACCUGAAUCUGGUGCAGGCACUAAGGCAGUUUCUGUGGAGCUUUCGUCUCCCGGGAGAAGCUCAGAAGAUUGACAGGAUGAUGGAGGCGUUUGCAACUCGCUACUGUGACUGUAACCCAGGGGUCUUUCAGUCCACAGACACCUGCUACAUCCUGUCCUUCGCCAUCAUCAUGCUCAACACGAGUCUCCACAACCCCAGCGUGAAAGACAAACCCACUCUGCAGCUAUUUGUUACUAUGAACAAAGGCAUCAACAACGGGGAGGACCUGCCCUCCGAGCUGCUCGCGAAACUGUAUGCGAGCAUCCGCAGCGAGCCGUUUAAAAUCCCAGAGGAUGAUGGGAACGACCUGACGCUGACGUUUUUUAAUCCAGACAGAGAGGGCUGGCUAGUUAAAAUGGGUGGCCGUGUUAAAACGUGGAGGAGGAGGUGGUUUAUUUUGACAGACAGCUGCCUCUACUAUUUUAAAUACACCACAGAUACAGAUCCGAUUGGGAUUAUUCCUCUGGAGAACCUGAGCAUCAGGAAGUCACAGGACACAAGUAAACCGUAUUGUCUGGAGUUAUAUAAUACCAAAGGACAAAAGAUCAAGGCCUGCAAGACGGAGAACAAAGGCCGAGUGGUGCAGGGUAAACACCAGUCCUAUAAGCUGAGCGCCAGCAGUGCAGAAGAACGGGACAACUGGUUGGACGCCAUCAGGGCAAGUGUCACCAAGGACCCUUUUUAUGACCUGGUGUCUUCACGUAAGAGGCGGCUCAUCAACAACACGUCCUCAUAGGACCGAAACAGACCUCAGUGGAAACGACGAGUUCAUGGACAUGUUUUUAUUGAUGAAACAUUCUGGGCUUUUAUGACACAGAUUGUUCAGGAAAAACUAAAACUGAAUUACACAGCUUUUCACAUAUAUGUACAAACCGGGAAGUGACACUUCAGUGAACUAUUUGUAGCUCAUGGUGUGAUGCUUCCACUUACUUCUGCAAACUGCUCGCACUACUGCUCCGGCCUCAGGGGCUGACGCAGAUACCAAGGGGCCCCAGGGGGCCACCGGGGGUCAGAAGGUGGCCGUAGUGGUUGGAGUGUUAGUAUCAUGGAUUGAUAACUGAACUGUGUGCAGGACCAGAGGCCCGGAGACCCUCCAACCAAGCCCAAGGAGCCGUACAGCCAGUAAACAAGAACACAAAAUGACUCCAUGGAGAUGCAAACAAACAAACAGACACAAAGCUACAAACAACCAUAAAUAAACAAAGUGAUGCAACAUAUUAACAAAUAAUGACUAGACACUAAACAACCACAAAUACACAAAGAACAGAUACAAGUUACACAAAGGGAUGUAAAAUGACCAAAAAGACAAAAACUUACUACAAAAUGAAAAAUAAAUACUAUAUAGAGACACAAAAGUACAAAAUUAUGCAAAAUGUUCACAAAUUAUAAGAAAAUGCUCUUGCAUUAUGAAGGUAUGGCCUUUCUGCAUGUCUGUGUCCAGGAGCAUCAUGUAUAAUAUACUUUGUCCAUAGCUGUAGUGUAACUGAAGAUAUAAACAGCAGAUAUUUACUGAUAUUGAUUCAAUUAAAGUUAUUUAUUUCAUUUAUGACCCAACUUGUUGAAAGAUCUAAUGAGGAUCAUACAUGUUCACCUGCAGAAUUACAUUUUAUGUAGAUAUAUUCUUUUAACAUAAUUUCAAUGUAUUGUAUAAUUUAAUUUACAGGGAAUCAAUGAUUUUUGUAUAAUAAAGUGGUUUAUUCUCA